AACAGGCAGAACCAAUACCAUGUUAUCAAGAGCUGAAGGUAGCUAGACCAUGCCUCUCUCUCAGUUGCGCUCUAGUCCCCUCUGCGAUUACGCCUUUUUUGGCCAUCAAUCCCUUUGUACUGCCUCGGUUCUGGGCUUCACGGCGACGUGAAGCCAUCACAUCAAUUAUUUUCAGACCGUUCCCACAUAUCUCCCAAUGCCGGAUACCGCUACUGGAGAAGCGCCUCUCGAUAUCGCCAUUGUUGGCGGUGGUAUUGUCGGAGUUGUGCUUGCAGUCGGCCUCAUACGUCAAAAAAUAAAGGUCAUGGUCUAUGAGCAAGCCCAAGGGUUUCGUGAGAUCGGUGCCGGCAUGGCAUUUACAGCCAAUGCAAGGCAAUGUAUGGAUCUGAUCGACCCCACCAUUACCGUAGCGCUUAGAGCAAGCGGAUCAGUCGCAACUUCAAGCGGCGACGAGCAGGAUCCAGAUCCAAACGACUAUCUUCGGUGGAUCGAUGGGCAUAAUCAACACCGCAAGGUUGACCCUUCUUAUCAGAAAAUGCUCUUCAAAAUUGAUGCAGGGUACAAAGGCUUUGAGGGAUGCCGUCGUGACCGCUUUUUGGAAGAGCUUGUAAAAAUUUUACCUGCAGACGUGAUCCAGUGCAGGAAGCGCCUAGACACUCUUGAAGAGAAGGAGGAUGGUGGAAAGAUUCGCCUGAUAUUUUGUGACGGAACGACAGCAGAAGCUGAUGCUGUCAUUGGAUGUGACGGGAUCAAGUCACGUGUGAGAGAGAUUAUUCUCGGAGAGGGAAAUCCAGCAUCAUACGCUCACUAUACACACAAGAUCGCCUAUCGUGGCCUGAUCCCCAUGGCCAAGGCGAUUGAAGUGCUGGGAGAGUACAAAGCCAGGAACCAGCACAUCCACGUUGGGCCUAACGCGCAUCUCAUCCACUACCCGGUCGCCAACCAAACUAUGAUCAACGCCACAGCCUUUGUCUCGGACCCCGAAGAAUGGCCUGACGAUAAACGAACGGUCGCGCCCGCUACUCGGAAAGACGUCGAAGAUGCAUUUGAAGGUUGGAGCCCUUGCGUUCGUGGGCUAGUCAGCCAGCUCCCAGAGAAACUCGAUAAAUGGGCGGUAUUCGACCUCUGGGACUAUCCCGCUCCAUUCUACAACAGAGGUAAGAUAUGUCUUGCUGGUGAUGCCGCCCACGCUUCCAGUCCUCACCACGGUGCUGGCGCGUGUAUGGGCAUCGAAGAUGUGCUAUGCCUUUGCACCCUGAUGGGAGAAGCGCGCGUUUUGAUCCAGAAAGCCCCGACAAUCAGAGAUCAAGCUUUGAUCUCGGUAUUCGAGACGUUUAAUUCUGUUAGACGCACGAGGAGCCAGUGGCUUGUGAACAGCAGUCGAAGGGUUUGUGACCUAUAUCACCAGCCAGAAUGGGCCGACCCGGCAAAGUGGGUUAAGGCUGAGACCUGCUUUGAAGAAAUCAAGGACCGGUCGCAUAAAAUAUGGCAUUUUAACUAUAAUGUGAUGUUGCAAGAAGCUACCCAGGGGUAUAAACAAAGCCUGAAGGCAUUAAUUGGUGCAGUAAGUGGCUUAUGAGACUGGGGAUAAAUAUGGCCGAAAAUA